CCCCAGUGUUGUGUUGUCGAUGGUCACUUUGGCCCCGGAUGACCCAGUGUAUGGCUAUUAGCAUUAGCAUGAUGGUCACAUGGCCAGUCAAGUGCGAUUGGAGGAGGAUGAGUGAGCCUAUUGUUAGCGCCCCCUGUCGUUUCAUGGCACAGUGGAAACAAAUAAGCCUUCAUUUCAAGAUGUUGCUCGGUCCAGUCAGUCGGACCCAUGUGACCUCUCCAGCCAAUCGGCACAGUGGAAUGGUAGUCACUGUGUUGGUCCUAAACUGCAUCGAGACGGAACCAGUCCACCUGGAAAUUCCACCUUUCCUUCGGAGGUAAGUUCAAACCAAACACCUGCCUAUGCUUUUUACACAGAAGUCAGCCAAGUGCGAUAUUGUUCACUGUAUGUUUACAAACUUAGAGCAUAUAUUAUUGUUGCAAAGUGUUAAUUUGAUGAAAAAGUGAGCAAGGAGCAGGGUGUUGUACUUGAGAUGACCAGUAGAUGUCGCCAGAGAACCAUAUAUUGAUUUAGAACAACAUUGAAAACCAUAUCACACCUCUUUUUCUAACUAAGAAAGAGGCCAAAUGAUCGUUAAUUUGAAUAAAACAUGUACCUGUAUAGUUUAAGCAAGCACUAGCAGACUGUACACAGCUCUUAUUUUGAAGAUAUGACUUUUAUUUUGAAGGGUCUCCAGGCAGGCACACAGAGCGGCGAGAAGCACCGCGGGAGUCCGCCAGUCACACGCUCGGUAGCGGCUACCAGAGCACCGGCUGCGGCCAUCAUGACGCUGAGCGAGUUGGGUCGCUGCUGCUGAGGAGUUUCUUGACGCGGAAGGUUUAGAAAGAUUUCUGACGUUCUUACAGGAACUAAAUCUUAGCAGGCGGCUCCGACUUUCUCGGACCGUAGCGGAGGCUAUUGAAGCGGGCAAGGCGAGCGAGGUCGGCGGCGGUGGCGGCGGUGGUGGAGGUGCCGCUGCUUGCGAAACAUGAACAAGAGCCACCGUAUGCCGAGUAAUCGUUCUCUGAGUGCCGUGGAGGUGAAGAGUAAGUUUGGCGCGGAGUUCCGUCGUUUCUCCCUGGACCGCUCCAAGCCGGGCCGCUUCGAUGAAUUCUACGGCCUGCUGCAGCACGUGCACCGCAUUCCCAGCGUGGACCUGCUGGUGGGCUACGCCGACGUGCACGGUGACCUGCUGCCCAUCAACAACGACGACAACUACCACAAGGCCCUGUCCACCGCCAGCCCCCUCCUCAGGCUCUUCCUGCAGAGGAAAGAGGAAGCAGAUUAUUUGGGCAGCGAUUCGCUGACGAGAAAGAAAAACACGGUGCUGUCGGCGGUCCUCUUGCGUCCCGACGCCACCAGGAAGAAGCCGCCGGUUAUCAUCAGCCUCCCGAGGGACUUCCGCCCCGUCUCCUCCAUCAUCGACGUGGACAUCCUGCCCGAGACGCACCGCCGGGUGCGCCUGUACAAGCACGGCCAGGAAAAGCCUCUGGGCUUCUACAUCCGCGACGGAUCCAGUGUGCGGGUGACGCCGCAGGGCUUGGAGAAGGUGCCGGGCAUUUUUAUCUCCAGGAUGGUACCUGGUGGCCUGGCGGAGAGCACAGGUCUCCUGGCCGUCAACGACGAGGUCCUGGAGGUGAACGGCAUCGAGGUGGCCGGGAAGUCUCUGGACCAAGUGACGGACAUGAUGAUCGCCAACAGCCACAACCUCAUAAUCACCGUCAAGCCGGCCAACCAGCGCAACAACAUCGUCCGAGGCGGCGGUGGCGGAGCGUCCGGUAGCUCAGGACGCUCCUCGGACAGCGGGACCAGCUUCUAUGGCUACUCCUCAUCCACCGGCCUCGCCGCUACAGCCUCGGUGCCGUCGCACAUCAUCCAGAACUUCCCAGCGGGUGAGAUGGACAGUGACGAGGGUGACGAGGACCUGGUGAUCGAGGCAGGCGGUGACGGCGAGUCUUUCCGUCGCACGCUGUCCGACUACAGCGUGCCGCCACCUCCUCGCUACGAACCUCACCUCAACCUUCGAGCCACUGCCUCGCCAUCCCCGCUUUCAGUCAACGGCGGCAUGACCGCCAGUGCCAGCAGCGGCUCCCUGAGCAGGGCCAAGUCCUCCACGCCAUCGCCGGACACGUCUGUGAGUAGGCGGAGUCUUGAGGAGGACGGCACUGUCAUAACACUGUAAACUGGCCAAUCACACGCAAAGAGACACUUCCAUAAACGCACAUCACUGCGUUUACGUGAUGCACUUCUUACACACAUGCUGAUACACACGCUAGCUUACAUGAUCACAUACAUGGUAACACCAUGCUAACAUGAUGGUAGCAUACAUGUUAACAUCAUGAUGACAUCAUGCUAGCAUACAUGGUAACGUAAUGGAAGCAUACGAGUUAACCUCAUGCUAACAUACAUGGUAAAACUAUGCUAACAUAACGGUAGCAUGAAUGUUACCCUCGUUCUAACAUACAUGGUAAAACUAUGCUAACGUAAUGGUCGCAUAAAUGGUAACAGUAUGCCUACAUAAUGGUAGCAUACAUGUUUCCCUCCUGCUAACAUGCAUGGUAACACCAUGCUAACAUAAUCAUAACAUACAUGUUAAUGUCAUGCUAAGAUACAUAGUAACAUAAUGGUAGCAUACAUGUUAAUUUCAUGCUAACAUACAUGGCAACACCAUGCUAACAUAAUGGUAGCAUUUAUGUUAGCCUCAUGCUAACACCGUGUCAACAUAAUGGUAGCAUGCUUGUUAAUGCCAUGCUAAUGACAUGCUAUCAUAAUGAUAGCAUACAUAAUAACUUUGUGCUAACAUACAUGGUAACACCAUGCUAGCAUAGUGCUAGCAUACAUGGUAACAUCAUGCUAACAGAAUGGUAGCAUACAUGGUAACAUGGCAACAUGCUAGCAUAGUACAUGGUAACACGUUUUCAUCAUGCUAACACACUCUAACAUAAGUGUAGCAUGUUAACCUCAAGAGAACGUCAUGCUAACAUACCUACUAACAGACACAGAUGGUGAUGCACUGAUGCAUUAAACUUUUAUCUGUCCACAAACAAUACUGAAAUGUUUGUACACCCGACACCCCCUAAAUACAUACUACAUACACCCCCAUGUACACACACACUUUGUAGAAGAUGUCCGUCCUUCCUCAUCCUGUGUGUGUGUGUGUGUGUGUGUAAUGAACUGAGCUUGCUCUAGGGGGAGGAGUGGAGCCCUACCACCCCCUUAUGUCUGCUCCAGCGAUCAAGGAUACAAAAGACAUUUUAGCAUGACAAUCGUCCAGGAGAAUAUCAGCUGCAAUCAUAUUGAUGAUAGCAAUAAUAAUCUACUUUGUAUUCAUUCAUCUGGGAAGCGUUUCACAAGCAUCAAGGAAUAACUGAGCAUCUUUUUAGGAAACUUGAUAUGUUUGAGAGACAGGAUCAAUCAUGAAAGUGUUUGGGAACAUUUCAACGCGUCUUAGCCUCAAAUGGAACACAAGACAGGCAGAAAACACCCUCUGUUGUACUGAGCAGCCCCGGUGUUGCAAUGGAAAAAAGGUCUAGGGUUAUCAUCACACUUUUCCUAUUUUCUGAAGAAAGCCAAAGAAACAGCUUUUGGUGGCGUGUAAGUUGGAAUAUUUCCUUCCACCUUCAAGCCCAAGUCAAGCACUUUCCCACGGGACGUCCAGGAGCGUGACAGUAAAAGUGUGAAAAUGGGUGGGGGGUGUUUGGCUGGUCUCUCUCCCUUCAUUGGCUCCCUUGGUCUUUGCACAGCGUUCUUAGUGGACGUACGGGACACACGUAUACUGUACGAGGCCAGGUGCAAAACAUGUUUUCCUUCCUCUUAUGUGCUCCCAUGCAUACCAAUAGAAACGUUUCUCUGAUCACUUGAUUCUCUUGCUAGAGCUUUCUUUGUUUAGGAUUUGAUUGUCGUGACAGACGUCCGGCUGAAACAACAGCUUUGAGGUUUCUUUUCUUUUUCAUACUGUGAAUUCUUAUUUAGAUCUUUCUUUUCUUUCAUGUGUUAUCUUUUAAGAGAUGGUUGAAGUGCUUGGCCAGAUGAAUGCUGAGUUAUAUAUAUUUAGAUUUGUAAUGAAGAUUUGUCAGUAUUUUCGUAUGGGAUGCUUUAAAUGAUGUACAUUUUUACCACGUUUGGUGAUUCUCACUAAAUGGAUGUAUUCCUGUUGAUUGGAUGAAAUAAUAAUACUAUUAAAUAAUAAUUCCUAUGU